AUGGGACCCCUGGAUCUCCUCACAGCGAUGCUGCCAUAUCUGACAUGUCAGAUUUACUUUGCAUCAGCCUGGACUGCGAACAACUUCCUCAUGACAGGACCUAAGGCUUUUUUGACUUACGCGGGCAGCGUGCAAAUGGGAGCGCAGAGUGGGAUACACGAGUGCAAACACCAGUUUGCGUGGGAUAAGUGGAACUGUCCGGAGAGCACGCUUCAGUUGUCAACACUAAGCAGCCUGCGCAGCGCGACAAGAGAGACAUCGUUCAUGCACGCCAUCAGCGCGGCUGGAGUGAUGCACACGCUCACGAAGAACUGCAGCAUGGGAGACUUUGACAACUGCGGAUGCGAUGACUCCAGAAUCGGACAGACAGGAGGCAAAGGUUGGAUCUGGGGUGGAUGCAGUGACAACGCGGCUUUUGGGGAGAAGAUAUCUAAACAAUUUGUGGACGCGCUGGAGGAUGGACAUGACUACCGGGCGGCGGUCAACCUGCACAACAACGAGGCCGGUCGACUGGCCAUCAAGGCUACCAUGAGAAAGGCCUGCAAGUGUCACGGAGUGUCUGGAAGCUGCAGCAUUCAAACCUGCUGGAUGCAACUGGCGGACUUCAGGGAAGUUGGCAACUACCUGAAGAUCAAAUACGCACAAGCCAAGAAGAUGGAGACGGACAAGAAACCGCUGAGAGCCGCAAACAGCGCGGACAACAGAGGAGCCAUCGCCAUCCGAGGCAUCCCGCGCACGGAGCUCAUCUACCUGGAGGACUCCCCAAACUACUGCAUCAAAAACCAGAGCAUGGGGUAUAUGGGCACUGAGGGCCGCGAGUGCGUCAAGGGCGGCAAAAGAAUUCCUGAGAAAGAGCGCAAAAGCUGCCGCAAACUGUGCCACGACUGCGGCCUGAAGGUGGUGGAGAAGCGCAUCCAGGUCGUCAGCAGCUGCAACUGCAAGUUCCACUGGUGCUGCACGGUCAAGUGCGACAAAUGCACGCAGGUCGUCACCAAGUAUUACUGCGCGCGGAGGGACGCCGGAAAAAGCUCGCACAACAAGACAAAGCGCAAGCAUCGCCGUGCGCACAGCAGGCGCUAA